CCUACUUGCCUUGUCUUAUUCUUUACGUUAUGAAAAAAUAUUUAAAGGCACAACGUCCUCCUCUUGUUGCUUACUCAAAAUAGGGGACCAAAAACUGAACAACCUGAAAAACAGAGUAACUUUAAAAAAAACAAAAGAAAAGAAAGAACAUAUAUAUACUAGCCACCAUGCAAAUGGAGUCCUCUUUCUUGACCUCUCAAUCUUCCGAUUUAUUGCCGGAAUCUUCCUUCGGUUCACCGAAACCAUUCGGCUGGGAUUUGGCCGAGAAUUUUCUCCCUUUCAAUGAGAAUGAUUCGGAGGAAAUGUUCCUGUAUGGACUAGUUUCAAACACUAUCCAAGAAACAUGUUCAAACGGAGUUAUGGAGAGUCCGCCCAAGGAAGAAGAGGUGAAUAUUACAAAGAAGGAGAAGUCGUAUCGGGGCGUUCGGCGCAGGCCAUGGGGGAAGUUCGCGGCCGAGAUUAGGGACUCGACGCGGCACGGCAUAAGAGUGUGGCUUGGCACGUUUGAUAGCGCCGAGGAAGCCGCAUUGGCCUAUGAUCAAGCUGCUUUUUCUACGCGUGGUCCUACGGCUAUCCUCAAUUUUGCUGUCGAAACGGUUAGAGAGUCUCUGCGAGAGUUGAUUUCUUGCAGCGGCGACGGAGGAGCCCUUGUUGAAGAUUGCUCGCCGCUGAUGGCUCUCAAAAGAACACACUCCAUCAGAAGGAAACUAGUGAUCAGGAAGAGCAAAGAGAAGGAUUUGACACUAGACAAUGUGGUGGUGUUUGAAGAUUUGGGUGCAGAGUACUUAGAGCACCUUUUAGCUACUACAAUCUAA